GAAAUACUCCACUUCCUGUAAAUCGUUUUAACCUCGUAGACCUGCGACAGAUAUUAGGUGGAAAUUCGAAGAACUUUUGAGACUUUCCUCCGUUUCGAAUAAUUUAGUAAUCAAAGAUGUCCGAAAGAAAGGUCUUAAAUAAAUACUAUCCACCAGACUUUGAUCCCUCGAAGAUACCCAAGUUGAAACUUCCACGUAAUCGUCAAUAUAGCAUUCGUAUCAUGUCCCCUUUUAACAUGAGAUGCAACACAUGUGGAGAGUACAUUUAUAAAGGAAAGAAGUUCAACUCAAGGAAAGAGACAGUAGAAGAUGAAGACUAUCUAGGAUUACGGAUCUUCAGGUUUUACAUAAAAUGUCCACGCUGUGUAUCAGAAAUAGCAUUCAAGACAGAUUUGAGAACAACAGAUUAUGCGUUGGAAGAUGGAGCAACUAGGAAUUUUGAGGCAUCAAAAACAGCAGAGGAGAUGGCACAGAAAGAGAGGCAGGCGAAAGAAGAGGAAGAGAUGAAUAAUCCAAUGAAGGUGCUGGAAAACCGUACAAAAGCCAGUCGACAGGAAAUGGAACAGAUUGACGCUUUAGAGGAGCUGAAGGAGCUCAAUUCGCGUAUGGCCAGUGUGGACCACACAAAGAUGUUAGAGAUGCACAACACAUACACAGAGGAAAUGGCCAGGAAACAAGCUGAAGAGGAGGAGGAACUUAUCAAGUCACUAUUUGGGAAAAAGGGAGACACAGUGGUGAAGAGGUUGCAUGAUGAUGAUGAUGAAGAUGAUGAUGGUCAGCCAGCUGCUAAAAAAUCGGUGUCUUUGCCAGCCAGAAAUAAACCUACAGAUGUACUCACACAGGAUGUGCCAGAGGAGAAGAAAUCUUCAGCAAAGAAGCCAGUAUGGGAAAGAAGUGUAGGAAUGUUACCUUCAAAAUUGGGACUGGCUGGUUUGGUCAGAAAGAAAGUACCCAAAUCUGAAAAUGAGCCUGUAGGAAAAAAGCCGAUAGAAACUGUCAAGGGAGCAGAGAAUUUCUCAUUGCUCAAAACAUCAAACGGGACUGUAAACAACACUGCACCAGCUGUUCCAGAUGGUACAUCCAGUAACGCAGCCUCCACGUCAAAGGCUUCAUCUGCCCUCACACUGCUUGGAAACUACUCUGACACUGACUCCUCAGAUGGUGACUAGCAUGCAGGACUAGUCUGAUUAUAUGGGAAAUAUUCUACUCUUUUUAACCAGGACUUCACUUUCAUACUGUGAUUACUGUAAAUAAAAUAAC